CAUAUUUUAUGAAAUUAAAAAACAGAGCUGCCAAACUUAUGUCACUGUCACUUUGAGGAAAUACGGAAACGUCAAAAUACAAAGGAUAUUCAAAACUUUCAAUUUUCUUUUCUAUCUAAAAAGUACUGGGCCGAAAGGAACUCAAAGAACCGGUCACCUGUCAUGGGCCGCGCGACACAAAGGAGCGCCAGCUGAGUCGACGCAAUGAAAAAGGUGGUGCUGUUUAAGGGCGCGUCGGAGGAGUACGAGCGCGCCUUCCGCGACCAUAACUACGAGACGAUUUUCGUGGAGCCGCUGCAGUUUACGUGCGUGAACCUGGAGGCGCUGGGCACGGCGCUGCGCGGCGAGUACACCGGGCUCGUGCUCACAAGCGCGCGCGCGGCCGAGGCGGUGGCACGCUGCUGGGACCCCGCCCGCUUCGUGGCCUGGAGCGCGCGCCGGGUCUACACCGUCGGCGACGCCACCGCGCACAAGAUCAAGCUCCUGCUCGGCCUCGAGGCUUUAGGCACCACUGCCGGCAAUGGUGAGAACCUCGCUAAGAUUAUUGUGAAAGAAAAUGCGAGCUCUAGCAAAUUCCUCUUCCCAUGCGGUAAUUUACGAUCGGAAACCCUCCCCACCAUCCUUCAAUCUAAAGGUAUUUCAGUAGACUCGCUAACUGUCUAUGAGACCAAGGAGAAUGACAAUUUAAAAGCGGAUUUGAUGGAGCUGAAUGGGUCCACACAUGACCCAUGCUGUAUGGUGUUCUUCAGUCCCUCGGGCUGUGAGUACAUCCAUCGGCAACUGCAAACAUUCAGCAACCGACUGACUGACCUCCCGUACUUUGCCAUUGGGAACUCCACUGCACAUAAAAUUGAGAAUUUGGGUGUAGAGAUUGCGGGUGUGGCGGAAAAGCCCCGCCCCGAGAGUGUGAUAGAGUCGGUUCAGAAGUAUUUUGCUGCAGGCACUAGUAGUUAGUGGCACUAUUAGACCACAAACAAGUAGUGCCCCUGUACCCUUAACCCUUUAAUGGUUCACUUUAAAAAAAACAUGAUUGAAGACUCAUUGCCGCUUUAAAGUCCUAAAAAUUAUGCAUAAGAAAAAAUACAAAGAUAUGAUGUUACAGGGGUUUGCUGUAUCAUAUCUAGUGUGCCCUAUAAAGAGUUAAACCAUUGGCCUUGCUUGCAUAGCAGCUAAAAUUUUAUUAUUCUUAAUGAUAAUACUUCUUUUGAACAUAUGAAAAGUGCAAUAAAAUGGUAAAUAUGUAUAUAUAAAAGACUGAUAUAUAUAUAAUCUGGUGGCCAUAUAACAGCUUUCAAAUUUGCAUUUCUGUGAAAGGGGCUACCAUUCCAUAUAAAAAUAGAAAAAAGUAAUUAUAGUGGAAAAACUCAAAUAUUACAGGCCAUAUUGUACAUUAAAUGAAAAUUUAUGAAUAAAAUAUUCCCAGUUCAAUUUUUUAGAUUUCAUAAGCAUUAGGUGUUGGUAUUGUUAUAUUUUUUUAUUGUUUGUUGUGAUUCUUACACAUGUACAAAUUUUUCAUAAAAAAUUACAAAAACUA